GUUGCGGGAUCUGAUUCGGUGUGACACAGGCGAACAUGCUGGUCCACAAGCAUUGGCGUCAACACUGAUCGGCCUAUACUUCUCGGCUUCCUGGUGUCCGCCUUGCCAUUACUUCGCGCCAAUAUUGGCGCAGGCUUACAAGCAAAUUCGUGACACCCAUGGUGCAAGCUCUUUUGAAGUUGUUCUGAUUCCGCUGGAUACCGACGAGAACAUGUGGCAACUCCACAUGGCCAAAAUGCCAUGGAUGUCUCUCCCGUUGAAAAACAGAGAAGCCAUUGUCAAGCUGUUCACGGCUUUUUGUGUGACAGAGGCUCCGCGGCUGGUGAUUCUUGACUCAACAGGCACCGUGCGGCUGGCAGGUUUGACCAUGUGCACAGCGGCGCAGAGCGGCCCAGGAGGCUACAGCGCGUGGUCGAACUGGACAGGAGUUCUGGGUCUGUCUGAAGGGCAGACAGGGACUAUUCAACGUGCUGGCAACAAGUUUCUGCAGGCAGUCGAUGUGGCCAAGAAUCAUGCUGAGAAAGGAUUCCGAGAAGGAGUUUCUCAGGUCCGUGCAGCGGUGGACCGACAGAUGCAAAGCACGGCAAGCUCCUCGCAGCCCACACACGGACGAUUCCAAAAGCAACCUUCGAGACAUGAUUUGCCGAGCAGUGCAGUCAGUGUUCGAGUUUGUACCUGGAACCUUCACGGUUGUGCCGUUGAUCCGGAAGAUGACAUUCGACCCUGGCUUUUCUCGGGCGGGAAGCAAGCUGACAUCUACAUCGUUGGUAUUCAGGAGCUCGUGGAACUUGGGCCAAUGUCUGUUCUCAUGAACACCGACGGCCAUGAAGAGAGGCAAUCUGAGCUGGAGCACAGGAUAGAGGCCGCCCUGGCUGGAACCGGACUUCAUUACCUGAAGGUCUGCAGCUUCGGCAUGGUGGGCUUGUCCCUUUUGGCUUAUGCUCUGGACAGUCUGCAGGACCACGUUGCCGCAAUCGAUUGCGAUCGCGUGAAGACCGGCAUUGAAGGGUUGAGUGGAAACAAGGGUGGCCUGUGUGUCAGAUUCAUGUUGGGAUCAAUGUCUCUUUGUUUCGCCAACGUUCAUCUGCCAUCGGGGACUGGCAAAGCUGACGAGCGGAACGAUCAUCUCAACGAGGUGCUGUCCUAUGCAUUUCAGGGGACGUCCCGAAACGGUUCCACGAGACCGGCAAAGAAUGGCUUUCACCGAGCUUCUCUUUACACGGCUCUGGAGCACGAUUUGACGGUCGUUUUCGGUGACCUGAACUCCCGGCUCGCGGACCUGCCAGACGAUGGAUUCCCUAAAGGACCACCCGAAGCAUGGCUGUUGUACGAUGAGCUGCUGACUGGCAGAAUCAGGUGUGCCAGGUCCCUGGGCUUCCGCGAGGCAGAAGUGACCUUUCCGCCCACUUACAAGUAUGUGGUUGGAGGAGGUGAUUUGAGCCCUGCUCGUACACCAGCAUGGUGUGAUCGUGUGAUCUAUCGAUUCGAGCCCUCGGCCGCUGACGUCGCAAAGAGGGUCUUGAACCCGAGCAUCGUGCAGCAUGAGGUGGAAGUCGUGGAGUACGACUCUUACGGCGAUCUCAGAAGGACGAGCGAUCACCGUCCCAUCGCCGCCACCAUCCGGAUAAGCAUUCCCGAUGAAGAGUUGAGGGCGUGA